CAUGGCUACUCCUAGCGAGAAGCGCGAAGAAGAACAAGAUCAACCAAAGGACUCUACAGAAUCCGUUGACUUGCCAGAUAAACGAAAACGAAAUUUACUUGAGUUUGAAGAUGUUCCGCCUAUUAAACAGAAAUUAAAUCUUAAAUACAAGGAAAAACCUAGUUGCCUUAAAACAAGAAAAUUACCGGAAAGUUCGGUAUUAUCAAAAGUUAAAGCUUUUCUACCAACUUUCAAAGCUGAUAAUGAAAAGAUUUUAUCAAAUGCCGAAGAGCAUCAAAUAGAAAGUCGAGAAGAGGAUGAAAAGGUUAUUGAAAUGAACAUUGCUUUGUGCGAAAUGAAUAGUAGUGACGAAGAAUCUGAUGAAAACGUACAAAGUAGUUCUUUAGACAGUUCUUCAGAUGAAGAAAUGCAACCCAGAAAAAAAAUCGAAGAAUUAUAA